UAUAACAUGCAAGUGAUUAACUAAAAUUUAAAUAUUAUUUGCAUGGUUAAAAUGUUAACAUCUUUGAAAGAUUUUAAACCACCACUUUUAGGAGAAGAUUUUAGUAAUUUAAAAAAUAGACUUCGUGAGAGAAAGAAAAUACUUUCAUCAAUUCCUCGACUUCGAUUAUUGUCAGUAGGUGUAAGUGCCAGUUUAUCAUUAAACAUUAAUAGUCAAGAGCGUAUUCCUAUUUAUUAUAAUGAUAUUCAAAAUUUACUUCUAUAUUCCAUACUUGGACAUAAUUCACCUUAUUUACCAGAAAGAUGGUGUAAACUUGAUAAAUACAAUAAAAUUUCACAUACAAUAGUUUUUGUUAUUGAAGGAUUAACCGUUGAUCAUUAUUUAUCUAAUGAAUCACUACUUCGACAUGUAACAUCUAAAUUGGAAUAUAAAUUAGAAAUUAUAACUUCAUCAAUUUGUGGUAGCUCAUUUUUGGAAGAACUUAUUAAUGUACCUCUUACUAUAUCACAAAAAUCUUAUCUUAUAAACAAAUUUGGUUCAUUAGAGAAAGCAUAUCAAAAUAAUAGAAACAUAAUAAAGUGCUUUAAAGCAAUUUUUCCAAUUCAAUCAUUUUUUAAAAUUCAAAUAAACAAAAAAGAUGAAGAAUUACCUUCAAAUGAUAAAUUUUCAAGAACUAAAUUGUUACUUUCAUCGUGGCAACUUAUAGAAGAAAAUUAUCCAAUACCUUUAAAAGGAUUUAUUGAAAGUUAUCCAGAUUACAUUUUAACUAAAGAUAUUUAUAAUGAAGUUCAUUCAAAAUCGCAAAUGUUUGGUCUUGAUUGUGAAAUGUGUCAAACAAUCAAUGGUAUGUUGGAAGUUACAAGAGUAUCCAUUGUAGAUGAAGAAUUAAAUAUUGUUUAUGACACAUUUGUUAAGCCAUAUAAUAAAAUUAUUAAUUAUCUUACUCAAUACAGUGGUAUUACUAAAAAUAUUUUAGAAAAUGUAACAACAAGGUUAUGUGAUGUACAGGCAUCUAUAAGGGCUCUUCUUCCUUCAGACGCUAUUCUCGUAGGGCAGAGUCUUAAUUCGGAUUUAAAUGCUUUAAAAAUGAUGCAUCCUUAUAUUAUUGAUACAUCUGUUAUUUUUAAUUUAAGUGGUCAAAGAACGCAUAAAACUAAAUUAAAAGUCCUUGUAAAAUCAUUUUUAAAUGAACAAAUACAAAUUAAUAAAGAAGGUCAUUGCUCAAUAGAAGAUUCAAAAGCUUCAAUCAAAUUAGUAAAAUUAAAAUUAGCAAAAAGUCUGAACUUUGGUGAUUCAGUAUUUACAGAAUUAUUUCAUUCAAACUCAAAUGAGUUCUAUUUUAAAACAUAUGAAAAAUGUCAUGUAAAUGAAAAAUCAACAUCUAUUUUAAGUUCUUCAAUUUUUAAUCAUGUUUCCAAAAUAUUUACAAAAACUUCUGCAAUUUUUGGAUCUAAUGAAAUAGUAAAUGACUAUUCAAGAAUCUCAAACAAUUCAGCGUUAUACAUUCAGAAAGAUCAAAAUUUUGAAAAAAGAGAUAAUGUAAAACUUAUAAUUACUCAAAAUAAUAACGAUACAAUUACUAGAUGUUCAGAAAAUGCAAUACAGCAUAAUUUAAAUUUUUGUCAUAUUAAAUUAAAAACUAAGCAAUUAUCAAAAGAAAACCUAAGUAAGACAUUAAGUUCUGUGAAUAAAUGGAUUAGAAUGCUUUGGAAACAUACUGAAUUAUAUGGUUUAAUGUGCGUAAUAUUCAGUGGAGAUACAAAUUCAAAUGGAGCUUGUUUUUUAAAUAUAAAGAAAAGUAUAAAUACUGAAUAUAAAAAAUAA